CGGUGCAGGGGAGCGAGGAGGCCGCGGACGGGCCGGGCCGGGCGGCCUCUGCCGCUGCCGUUCCCCUUCCCCCUUCCUGACGUGAACAUUCGGGAUGGAGCCUGCGGGCCCGGCGCACCGAUGUGCCCUGAAGGAAAUGAGACUACAUUUAGUUACCUGGAAUGUAGGCACAGCUUCCCCACCUCCCGAUGUCACUAGUUUGCUUCAGCUCGAUUCUCUGGGCCCAUCUAUGGAUAUGUAUGUUAUAGGCUUACAGGAGGUGAACUCAAGAAUCACAAAUUUUCUGGCUGACUUGGCGUUUGAUGAUCCAUGGAGCAUUUUUUUCAUGACUGUGUUGUCUCCAUUGGGAUAUAUCAAGCUCUCCUCCGUUCGCAUGCAGGGAUUACUGCUUCUGAUCUUUGUGAAGCAUGUCCACCUUCCUUUCAUACGGGACAUUCAUACCCACUAUACACGCACAGGCCUCUAUGGAUAUUGGGGGAACAAAGGAGGAGUCACCAUUCGCAUGUCCUUCUAUGGCCAUACCAUUUGUUUCAUGAACUGCCACUUGCCAGCUCACAUGGAAAACACAGAGCAGCGACUGGAUGACUUUGAGAAAAUUCUGGAAAUGCAAUUUGAAGGAGAGAAUAUUCCAAGUACAUUGGAUCAUGAUGUCCUCUUCUGGUUUGGGGAUCUAAAUUUCCGGAUAGCAGAUUACGGCAUACAUUUUGUCCGAGAAUCGAUCAACAACAAGCGUUACAGUCUCCUGUGGGAAAAGGACCAGUUAAAUAUGGCCAAAAAGAAGGAAGCAUUUCUUCAGGAGUUCAUAGAGGGUCCUCUGCAGUUUAAACCCACCUACAAGUUUGACCUGUAUUCGGAUGUAUAUGAUACAAGAGAGCGGAAGUCCUUCUUUUGGUUUAAUGAGAAGAAAAGAAAGCCAGCAUGGACUGAUAGAAUUCUUUGGAGAGUGAAAAAUCUCUGCCAGCAUGCAGCAAAAGAAGGCCAAUUUUCUGAAGAAGAACGGACAAUUUCUGUUACUUUGAAUAAUUAUAUCAGCCACAUGAGCUAUGGCAUCAGUGAUCACAAACCUGUUACAGGAACUUUUGGGCUUGAGCUGAAGCCUCUUCUAUCAGAUCCUUUGGUCACUCUGAAUCCUGAGGGUGAGUGGAGUGCAGAACAUGAUGUUCUUAUCAACUAUUCUGCAGUGCCUGAGUUCCCGAGCAGUGCUUGGGACUGGAUUGGACUCUUCAAGGUGACUUUCAGGCAUGUGAAUGACUAUGUUACUUACGCUUGGGUAGAAGAUGAUGAAAUUUCUUCUAACAAAGAUAGUAAACAAGUUUACAUGAGUGCUGCAGAAAUACCUGAUAUAGGAGGAGAAUUCGUGCUUUGUUAUUACAGCAAUAAUUUGCAGUCAAUAGUUGGUAUCAGCCAGCCUUUCCAGAUUCAGCCCAACAGAACGUUAAUAGGAAGGGAUCUGACAAAGGAAGAGAACAGCUGGACACAGAAAACGGACAAUCUGGAAUCACGUGAAGAGUUCUAAAGGCAGAAAGGGGCAUUUAGUGGUCCUGAUUCAGGAGUCAGAUGAUCCUUUGCUUUAGUCAUUAUAAGCUUUUACUCUUAGAAGAUGGAAUAAGAAAGACAGUGCAAGUAAGACAGGUAGGAUUGUUCAGAAACUUUGUAAGCUCUCAGAAGAUAAUUUAUUGUGGAAACAUUAUUUUAUUGUUACAGGGAGAGUGACUCUUACACUGAAUGAGAACUGUAAAAAUAGCACCUAAUGAAUGCUGUGUGUUUGAAGGUGAUUUCUAAUACAGUGGUUUAAGCUAAGGAAGUUGUGAUCUUCAGUAGAUAUUAAGAUUUGCUCUUUUUUGGUAGAAGAUAUUUUAUUUAUGACACAAUGUUGACCAUGUAGCCACUUAAACAUUGGUUUCCAAAUGCUGAGUUUAAAUGGAGUAAUUUAAACAAUUAUUUAUUAGACACAGCUAGUUAGCUUCGUUUUAAAUUUUGUUGGACUUUCAAGCUUCAGCUAAUUACCUUUGGGGAAAAACAUGUGGCAGCAAGUCACAUGAAAAUAAAAUCCUUGGAGUGUAAAUUCUCCUUUGGUAGCAGCUCCCUUCCUUCAUGCCUUACUAAUGACUGUUCUUAGGAUUUUCUAUUUCACAAUUUUCCAGGUUGAGAUCUAUUUCUCAGAACACCUUUUUUCCUGAUUUUUUUUUAAGUUCUUUUAUGAAACUGUUUAGCAAUUUGUCUAUUGCUUUUUAACCCUCUGACUUAAAGAAAGCAAAACAAAGCCAUUUUUAUACUGGUCCCUGGCUCAGAGUUAACCAGGAUUCCAUACUUCAGCUGGGAAAUGCUUUAGUGUAGGUGAGCAGGCUCAGAAUGCAUUUGCUGGCAAAGAGCUAAUGAUUGUGGUGUACUAUCCCUGAUUUUCUGUUGUUAUGCUGAAUUUGGAAAACUGAAGCCUUACUUAAAUACUUCCCUUAUAUCAUCCCACAAAAAAUUACUACAGUUACUCCAGAGAUGAUGUGAAUAAUAAAUAGAGAAUUUCAGUAGAACAGAUUCUUUCUUAUGACAUAAUCUAUGCUACCAAAACUGUAAAUCUCUUCAAUUUAUAGCAAUUGAUCUGCAAAAUUUCUGAUUUUCUAGAGGUGCUUAGACCUUAAUAUAUCCUGUGCACUUGAGGGUGGAGAUAGACUAGAAAAGAUCAUGUACCUUUUAAAGCCUGAAAGGUAGUUAGCUUUAGAAAAUAUUUUGUUUCUUGAUGAGGAAAUGGAGUUCUUUAGAAAGGAUUGGAUGAGACACCAAGAUUCCCCAGAAUCUUAGGCUGCAGUGCUGGAAAACAGCACUUGUGAGUGUCCCAUGUUCUAGCUACACAGCUUCAAGCUCCCUACUGCUUGUGCUAAGUAACAUUAGUUACUAACCAUUGUUGGUUAUAGAUGGAAAAGAGAGUGUGACAUCUGUUUGGCAGUGACUUGUUUAUUCACUGUAUAAAGUCUUCUGCGGUCCUGAAUGUAUGCCGUGGAAACUAUAGCAUAAGUUGACUGUUGGAUGGUUGCAGUGUGGGAUUUCAGAAUACUUAGUUUUAGUUGUAUCUCAGCUUAGUGCUUGGCAUUGGAAACUGUUUUCAGUUGUAAAGUAGUGAGGGCAGGUUCAGAGGAUACUGCGUUCAUUGUGUGGAUCAGGACUGCCUCAAGGUUUACAGUCUGUACAUUCCUAUUACACUUUGGAACAAUAAUGGGAACAGUUUUCACAUUUGUACCAACCUUACAAGAAUUUGGUUUGCACUAAAUCUUUCAGAUAUGUGGCUUUUUUUUUUUUUGGUGGCAAUUAGUGCAUCAGACAAAUCCCUACUGAACUGCAAAGAACUUUGCAGUUCUUGAGUUGGACUCUGGUUUGGAUUUCACUUGUGUAACUGUAUGACUGUAUUCCAUGCAAGGAUAUUCUGUGGAGAGCUCAAAGAACAGUGGUCUUUGAAUUCCAGACCACAGCUGGCUGAUUUAUUGUGGACCAAGAUCCAGUUUCUUCUAGUUAGGGUGCAUCUGCUGUUCAUGAGCGGCUCAGAGGGGGAGCCAUACAGCUGCUUUAUGUGGGCAAGAAAGUCAAGACCCUUAACGCAUGAGAGCUGAUAACUCUCUCAGUCACUGGACACAGAAGCUGCAUUUGGUAAACCAAUCCUUUGAACCACAGGACUUCACUGCACACUGUGCUGUGUGACCCACAGCAGCUGUGAUUGAACCUGCUUGUGCGUUAGUAGGAUGCUGCACAGAACUUGGUACUUCUUUCUUAAGUAUUAUGCACACAGUGGCACUUUCAUUUACUUCUGUUACCUAUGGUAGCUUUUCAGACUAUUCCAUGCCCUGUAAUGAUUCAAUUUCUGAUGAAAUUUAUCUUUCUUAAAACAGUUUUAACUGGAUGUUAUAAUCACUGGAAAUGUUUUUAUACUCACGUGUUUUCUUUUCAUGUACCACUAAAAUAAAUCCUGACAGUGAAGUGUUCUA